AUGGCACCGAUAUUGACCCCCGUUAAAGCCCUGUAUUCACUUCUCUACUUCCUUGGCCUUGAGACAUCAUCUCCUGCUUUGUCACCACCACCUAAAGCUCUCAAUGAAACAUCGUCUGAGUUCAUACCCAAAUGUCAUCCUCGCGUCGAAGAGGUAUCAGCCGAGGUCAAUGGUUAUUUUCUUCAGCACUGGCCUUUUGAAAACGAGAAGGCAAGGAAAAGGUUUGUGGCAGCAGGCUUCUCUACUGUCACCUGCUUCUAUUUUCCAGCUGCGAAGGAUGAUAGAAUUCACUUCGCCUGUCGUCUGUUGACGCUGUUGUUCUUGAUCGAUGAUAUUCUUGAGGACAUGAGCUUGGAUGAAGGCUCGAAGUACAAUGAGAACCUCAUUCCUAUCUCCAGAGGAGACGUUUUGCCCAAUCGAGACAUUCCCGUGGAGUGGAUCACGUAUGACCUGUGGGAGAGUAUGAGGGCAUAUGACAAACCACUUGCGGAUGAGAUUUUGGAGCCGGUGUUUACGUUUAUGAGGGCACAGACCGACAAGCUAAGGUUGACUAUUCAAGGGCUUGGACCUUACUUGGAGUACCGAGAGAGAGAUGUCGGGAAAGCUCUUCUGUGUGCGUUGAUGCGUUUCUCGAUGGGCCUUCACCUCACCCCAGCACAGCUUGACUCUGUGAAAGGAGUCGAGCAGAACUGUGCGAAGCAUCUUUCUAUCAUGAACGAUGUUUACAGCUGGGACAAAGAGCUCCGAGCAUCAAAAAUCGGCCAUGCAGAAGGAGCCGCCAUAUGCUCCGCUGUGCAGGUUCUGAAUCAGGAGACUGAUUUGCCCUAUGAGGCAGCGAAGAAAGUACUUUUGGUUAUGUGUAGAGGUUGGGAGACAAAGCAUGCGGUGCUAGUCAAUGAGCUGCCGGAUGAGUGGGAGGUCCAGACCUAUGCCAAGGGGUUGGAGUAUCAGAUCAGCGGAAAUGAAAGGUGGAGUCAGACGACACUCAGAUACCAUUCCGUCGAUUAG